AGCAACCAAACAGUCGUGAAUUAAAAGCGCUAGAACCAACAAGCCAAAAUUAAAUUAAAAUAACUUGCAAAAAUGUGGAUUAAUUUGCUUACAACAUUUGCCAUCGCGCUGUUCGCCAUCGAGGCGUUGUCGGCUUACGUGCCCGACUCGGAUCGUCAACGUACCACAUUGCAGAACGAGCUGCAAGUGAAUCCAGAUGGCAGUUAUCGCUACAACUACGAGACCUCCAACGGCAUCGUGGGCUCACAGUCCGGUGUGGGUGGUCACACGGUGCAAGGUGGCUCCAGCUAUGUCUCACCCGAGGGCACACCCAUCAGUGUCAACUAUUUAGCUGAUGAUAAGGGCUACUAUGCCAAGGGCGAACAUAUACCCAAGACGCCGGAUUAUAUAUUGCGUAGCUUGGAUUAUAUACGCAAGCAUCCCUACCAGGUGCUUGACUACUAUACAGGUGAACUCAAGACGGUGGCCCACGACGCCGAAGCCUUUAAGGUCUAUACGCGCAACAUUGAGGAGACGACCACACCGCGCGCUAGACCCCAGACUACCUACAGGGUAAUCUAUCUGACGCAUGCACCAAAGACGCAAAGCUAGGCGUAUGCGCAAUAAUUUUUGCAUAUGGGGGCAGUGGGCGGGACAGAACUGCAGACAAGGCAAAACACAAACUGUGAAUUUGAUCUAAACAAUUAAUUUAGCCAUAAUAAAUAAUAACGCUAAGUCAAGCGAAAUAAGCUUGGAAUAAAAACGAACGAAAACAAAAACAAA